UACCAAAUUGUAUCAGCAUAUUGUAGCUUUCACCCAGUCUGGGCUUCCAGACUAACUUCAACGUUACACAAAACGUCAUUUUACAGAGGUAAAAUAUUACCUGCAAAUAACACACUGUCUGAAGAAAAUGGAAUUUUUAUUGAAGGUGAUAUAGUAUGGAUAAAGGUAUGGAAUUUGUAUUGGCCUGGUAUAGUGACUAAAGUGCUAAAGAAAUGUAAGAAGGCUGUGGUGAAACUGGUGCAUACAUGUAAAAAGAAAAAAGCAUACACAAAGCCAUUUAAGGAUUUAAUUGACUUCAGAAAUACUGAAAGGAAUAGAAAGCUUCUUAACACUGGAAAAGAAGAAAAUUGUAAAGUGGAGGAAGCAUAUAAGAAAGCGGUAGACUUCUUUGAGAAAAGAAACAGUGAUACUUCCAGUAUUACAAAGAAAGAAGAAACUAUAAAUAAUACCUUUACAAUUGUGGUUAACACUGAUGGAAGUCAAGAAAUGGAUGAGGCUUCUUCAUCUAGAAUGGCCAACUCUGAUGAUGAUGUUAAUAGAAUAGAGGAGCUUUUAGAGCAUUUUGGUAAAGCUGCCUCAGAUAAUGAAGAUGAUGAUGAUAAGCCUGGAGAACUUAAUAUGGCGGACUCUGCUGUUAAAGAAGAUAGUCCAGAUGGUCAAAAAGUUAUUGAAGAAGUUAAGAAACUUACUUGUCUGCGUUACCUGAAAAGUGUGUUUCAAGGCCGUAGCUCCAGUGAAAGGCACAAAAUAUUCAUGAGAGGCUCUUGGAGUGACAGAAACACAUUAAAAUUUAGUUCUGGUGUUGGUCCUCUUGAUGAUAAGCAGGUUCAUAUGGUCUACAAAAUACUAUCAGGCUACUUGCUCAAAAUAGCACCAAAAGGCACUAUAGACAAUCCAAGUAGCUACAUAUUUGAUGUUUUGCUUCCAGAGGCCAUCAUUUUUGCUUUGGAAAACAUACAUGGAAUUAGGAAACAAGAAGCAGAAAAGGUUUUUACAGAAAUGACUUUGUGUAAAUGGAGUUUGCAAAAGUGUUCCAAGAAGUCUAACACAAUAUGAGAAGAAAGGAAAAAAAAUGUAAAUAGCAUCAUCAGUCAUAAAAAUUUGCUACACAUGCAAAAUGUGUACCAUGCUCAUUGCUGUUGUUUUAAGUUCACCUCUCUCUUUCUACUUUGUAACAUAUGUAUUUUUUUUUUUUACAAACAUAGUAAUUAAUUACAUGUGUACGCUCUAAACUGGUACUGGUUUUGUGAUGAAUGUGUGUUUGAAAAGUUAAUCCAUUGUAUUUUUAUGCAACUUUUUAUUGUUGAAUUGUUUUUCCUUUUUGUAUUGAGCAAAAAAGAUCUUUUUUCUUCAUCUUCCAUGUAAUGUGACUGUGCUACAAAAGACUGAUUACAUGUUACUGUAUAGUUUUUAACUUUGUAAAAAACUGUCAUAUGCUGAAUUGUUUUGUUUUACUUACUGUAAUGUAAACUAUGAUUGAGUAAAUAUAGAUUCUGUGGUUUUUAUCCUAGAUUUCUUUUUAAAAUUUGUGUGAUAGUUUAAAAUUAAAUUUCUUUCAGAAUUAAUGAUUUAUUUGAGAAUGCAGGCAGGAAAUUCACUGACAGAAUAGGAGAAACUGAGUAGCCAAAAAAUGAGGAAGAAAGAAG